UCGGUGCGAUCUGUCAUGCAAGUCAAACGGAUAGAGGGGAGAAGCGUGUAGAGAAAGCCCCAACAGCAGCAGCAUACUUGUUCCAGCCUAGAUCAGUCCUGCAGAAGCUCCUGGAGCGCCGUUCCUGCAUGAAAUAAAGCAGGAAGUGUCUCUCUGUCCGUUUAGUUGUCAGAGCUUCUGCGCUUAGAGGAAGAUGCUUUUGAGGACCGGACUUUUUCUCCUGAUGUUGGUGCUGAAUGCAUCUGCACAUGAACUGGAUCAGAACGAGUCCUAUUCGCCCAGGAGAGCCCGGUUUUCUGUCAGUAGCCCUUCAGAUGUGGCACGCUGUCUCAACAGUGCCCUCCAAGUUGGCUGCGGGGCCUUCGCCUGCCUGGAGAACUCAACUUGUGACACAGAUGGUUUGCACGACAUCUGCAAGUCCUUCCUGUUCAGUGCUGCUAAAUUUGACACUCAGGGUAAAGCGUUUGUAAAGGAGAGCCUAAAGUGCAUCGCCAAUGGCAUCACCUCCAAGGCGUUCCCAACCAUCCGCCGCUGCUCCACCUUCCAAAGAAUGAUAACUGACGUCCAAGAGGACUGUUACAGCAAGCUGGACAUCUGUAGUGUUGCCCGAUCGAAUCCAGAGGCUUUUGGUGAAGUGGCACAGCUGCCAAGUCAUUUCCCCAAUAGGUUUUACGGCAAGCUUCUACAGAGCCUUGUGGACUGUGAUGAGGACACGGUGGACCGCAUCAGGACCAGCAUGGUGUCACGG